AGUCAAUUCUUUUCGAUAAGAAAGAAUUGUGCGGAAAGUAAAUUCUAAUUAAAAUUGUUUUAAUAUUGUAAUUUUUACUGUUAUUUUCUGUCAAGAUAACGUAAAUAUAAGUUCGUGAAAGAAAAGGAGGAGGUUCGUUAUCUCCCCCGCAGUCAAUGACAUAGAGUAUCUAGCCUCGCGUGUUACUUCUCCAUGACAAUGAAAGUCUACUUCUGAUGACUGUCAAGGGAUAGAGUUGUCAUACUAACAAAUUCUGACAGCUUAUAAAAAAUUUUUGACAGUUAUCUUGUUAAAAAAGUCGAAACUUAUGUUUAUCAUUUUGUAAAAUUGAUGUCCUGGGUUGACGAGAGAAGGGAGAAACUGAAUUCGGGGAGAAGGUGAAAGUGAGAACCGUCCACGGACAUAACCUAAAAAUAAGCUGUAUGCGCGGCUAUCGGCAGAUUUCACGAAAUCCACGGCGAUACGAUAUCGCUUUUCGAAAACUGUUUGACAUGAUUGUGCCAAAGUGUUGUUUUCUUUAUAAAUGACUCAGCGAAAACGGAGAUAAAAACGAAAAAUAUGGAGACUUGUAAUGAAAGGGGCGACCGGACCCUAAGUGACAUUACGGUAACGCAAAGAAGUUGGUCCGAAUUGAGAGGUGUUGUCAGUGAUCUACGUAGAAAAUUGUCUGGAGUAUCAGUUGGUUCGGUACCUGGAUCCGUAACGUUUCGAUCUUUACCUGAUGGACGGACCAGGAUAUAUUUUCUUAGUAGCCCAAGCAAUGGAUGGGAAACUACCCUAUUGUACGUGGACAUUGCACAUUCGGAUCAUGCCAAUGGCUAUCGUCUACACUGGCAACCUGUUAUAGAAGCAAAUUUUCAAACAGUAUCCAGUACCAAAAGGUUAUCGAGGGAAGAACAGUUAUUAUGGGAAAGAAAAAGAUUAGCCACAUGGGGCAUCACCAGUUACGAAAUUCAUCUAGAUAGUGGAAAAUUAGUUUUUCCAGCUGCAAGUAGUCUUUAUCAAUGUAUAGACACAGGAUUUAUGGCUGGACCUCUUUUUCCAUCUGAAAUUCGUAUGUCAACAUCAGGUGCAAAAUUGUGUCCACAAAUCUGCCCUUGGAACAAUGCGUUAAUUGCUCAUACAUGCUCAGGUGACUUGUAUCUGUCCCACAGUAUCACAGGUUCUUCGGUAAGACUUACUCAUGCAAGAAAAGGUGGAAGAAGUUUAGCAGAUGAUCCUCUUACUGCUGGAACUCCUUCUUAUGUGAUGCAAGAAGAAUUUACUAGAUAUAUCGGCUACUGGUGGCAGCCAAAAUCUAACGACGGCGUUUAUAGAAUCGUAUAUGAAGAAGUUGACGAAAGCGAUGUAAAAAUAUUUUGUUUUCCUUCAACAUCGAACUCCGAUGAAAUAGAUGAAUUUAGGUUUCCUAGAGCUGGCACGCCGAAUGCCAGAAGUAAUCUUAAGAUGGUGCAAUUCCGAUUAACGGAGACAUUACAAAUCGUUGAUAUCGAGAUACUGGAACUCCAAUAUCCGCUACACAUUAUGUUUCCAUGGAUGGAAUAUAUGGUUAGGGUGGGAUGGACUCCAGAUGCACAAUACGUCUGGGUCCAGCUGUUAGAUAGGAAGCAGCAAAGGCUUGAGUUAGUUUUAUUAUCGAUAGACAACUUUUGCGAGCCACCACCUAACGUCUAUAAUUCGGAGAACCAUUUCACGCCAUCAUCGGCGAGUGUUCAAGUGAUUUAUUCUGAACAAAGUUCGAUUUGGAUAAAUGUUAACGAUCUCUUAUACUUCUUACCGUCCAACGACCCUACAGAGGUGAAAUUCCUUUGGGGCAGCGAGGAAUCUGAUUUCAGACAUCUGUAUCUCAUUACGUCUAGUAUAGCGGGUUUGAACAACGAAGUGGAAGAACCUUUGGAUAGAAUGGAUAGUAUAUUUUUGCAACCUCGAGUUACUUCAAAGGUUGCUUUAACUCAAGGCGAUUGGGAAGUGUUAGGUAAAAAAUUGUGGGUAGACGAAGUAAACUCUAUUGUUUAUUUUUGUGGGUUACGCGAAGGUCCAUUAGAACAACACGUUUAUGCCGUAUCUCUUCGCCGCCCGCUAGAAAUAAGAUUACUCACAAGACCGGGUUAUAGUCACAACAGCAUAUAUUUUAAUAAGGAAUGUACGAUGCUAGUGACCGUUUACAGCUCCAUCAAAACAUUACCUACUUGUCAAGUAUUUAAAAUAUCACAAUCAGAUUGGACGGUGGAAAGUAUUUCUUUAACACCUGUGGGUUAUUUGUUAGAGCCAUCGGUUCCCGAAUCCGAAUUGUUUGCCCCAGAAAUUUAUACCCAUAAGAUAUCCUGUGGCGAUACCAUCUACUCUAUGAUUUUUAAACCUCAUAAUUUUCAAGCCGGCGUAAAAUAUCCCACGAUUUUGAAUGUGUACGGUGGUCCCGAAGUACAAUUAGUAUCGAAUACAUUUAAAGGAAUGAGGCAUUUAAGAAUGCACAUGUUAGCUGCUCAAGGUUAUUGCGUGGUAUUAAUAGAUUCGCGUGGUUCUCAUCACAGGGGUUUAAUAUUUGAAAGUCAUUUGCAACACAGAAUGGGAACUGUCGAAUUAAACGAUCAAGUCGAAAUGCUGAAAUGGUUAGCGGAUACCACUGGUUACAUUGAUUUAAAUCGCAUAGCCCUUCAUGGUUGGUCAUACGGAGGUUAUUUAAGUUUAAUGGGCUUGAUACAAUACCCAGAAAUAUUUAAGUUAGCGAUAGCAGGUGCACCUGUUACUUCUUGGAAUUUUUACGAUACCGGAUAUACUGAACGUUACAUGGAUUUACCUCAAAAUAAUCCUCAUGGAUAUAUGGCCGGUUCAGUUUUAACGUAUGUGGACAAGUUCCCGGACGAAGAGAAUAGAUUGUUGAUAAUUCACGGACUUAUAGAUGAAAAUGUACACUUUUUCCAUACGAAUCAACUGAUCAAUGCUCUUGUGAAAUCUGGCAAACCGUAUCAGUUACAAGUUUACCCAAACGAAAGACAUAGUCUGAGAAGUUUGGAUGCCAGUAAACACUAUGAAACUACCCUACUGUCAUUCUUACAAAACCAUUUAUAAAUUCAUUGUUUCUGUUCAACUGAUUAAGACAAGAUUUUAACAAUUUGAGUGACUGCCAUUACAUUAUGUAAAUAGAUUAAAGAAAUUAAAAGUUGUUUUUUCGUGGCUUUAUGUUCGCGAUGGUAUCUA